AUGUUUAACCACGGCCUGCAGGCACCCCGUCCUCUCUCUGGUGGCCCGGGAGACAUGACACUCUCCUCCAGUGGCCCGGGAGACAUGACACUCUCCCCCAGCCGACAGCCCGCAACAACUGGGCAAACUACAAUGGCGGACGCCACGUGGAUAACAAGCCACGGCACAGAGGAGCCUGAUAUCCUGAAGCGGCUAGAGCUCACCUUUGCAGCCUUUUGGGUAAAACUAGCCGACAAACUGGAACAGGUACAGCCCUGCAAGCCAAAAGUCACCUUGCCCGACGUACCAUCACCCAGCUCCCGCCAGCGACAAGUCACCCCCAAGUGGAAGAGUGUUGGAAAACGGCGCCGGAGACAACGACGCUUGCAACCCUGCUUGCACUCACAGAGCAAGGGGUGGGAACCCUUCUGA